AUGUCAUAUAUAAUUAGAUUAAUGAAGUCUCAGUUACAAUUUAUAUUUACAAUUAUUAUGGCCAUUAUAGUCAUCUCUUCUUUUGCAAAAAAAGCUGAAGACACGACUACUAUUGAUAUUAAUAAGUUAAAUAAACAUGUGAGACAAUUUAAUUCAGUUUGUGAUAUUAAGAAAAUGGAUAUUAUUGCUCUUAUUACAGUUGGAUGUUUAGGAUCAAUAGCUGUAUCUGCAGGAGCUGGAGGUGGAGUUAUUUCAAUACCUGUAUUUCUUGUAUUUAUGAAUAUGCCAUUCUACCAGGCUAUAGCUCUAUCAACAUCUGUCAUUCUAGGAGGAUCAUUAUGCUCAGUCAUAUUAGAUAUUGUCAAAAAGAAACCUGAGCUACCAGAAUAUGUAAAUACUCUUAAUUACUUUAAAUCUGCACUUGAUAAUAAGUUAGAUGUAAAUCUUAACAAAUUGCCAAUAAUGGACCUUCCUCUAGUUAUCUUCUUAUCAUCUUUACUAUCAGCUGGUACUUUGUUAGGAAUAUUGAUAUCUAAGGUCUUAAAUUCAAUACUAUCCUUCUUAAUUUUAGAAUUUUUAUUAAUAUAUGUAUUUUAUAAAACAUGGAUAAAAUUUUGGAAAAUUAGAGAAAUGGAGAAAAUUACUCAAAGUGAAAAUAACAUGGAGAUAACUCCCUUUCAAAAAUUUUCUCAAGAAUCAGAGGAAAAAUUUAAAAUUCUUCUAUAUAUAUCAACAAUUUCAAAGAUAGUUGAAGAAUACAAUACAAAACAUGAAUUAAAACAAGAAUCUAUAAUGACUGAUUUGACAAAUAGAAACUCAUCUUACUGGUUUUAUAUAGGAAUUUCUAUGAAAACAGAAUUUUGGUUAGUAUUAAUAAUCUUAUGCAUGCUUUCAGUAUGGUUUGGUUUACUGGAAAGUGGUUUAAUUAUAACUAGAAAUUCACUUCCUUACUGGAUAUCAUGGGUACUUAAUUUUGGUAUACUUUUAGUUAUACCUAUGAUCUCAAUACCUAAAGAUAUCUUAAUAUCAAUUUCAUCUAUUAUUAAUACUCAAGAGAGAAUUUAUUAUGUAAUAAAUAAAAUAAAAUAUGCUUUUCAUAUAAAUUCGGAUAUUAAUGAAUCUCGACAGUUUACUACCUUGGAAUCAUAUUUGAAAAAGUCAACUAUUCAAGAUACUAAAAGAUUUUUAAUGGCAUAUUUAGAAAUUAUAUAUAUUGGAAUUAUUGGAGGUAUUACUGGAGCUAGCGGAGGUAUCCAAUUAACCACAAUAUUCUAUUCUGCACAAAUAGAUCCAGCAUCUAUUGCAGCAAAUAAUUCAGCAUGUUUAGUUAUUUCAUCACUUGUUGGAUUUUCAACUUAUAUUAUGGAAAAGCGUGUACCUUUAUUUUUAGCACUGCUAGUACUUGCUACGUCCUUUAUUUUUACAAUGAUAGGUAAAAGUAUUAUUAACUACUUUGUAAAGAAAUAUAAACUUGUAUCCAUUGUUGUUGGAAUUCUACUUAUAUUAAUUACAUUAGCUAUUAUAUAUUUGAACUAUAACAUCGCUAUAGCUAUUAUCAAUCAGGUAUUGGGCAUAUAA